UUCCUACUAUAAUUUAUGCUGUUUUCUCUUAUACUUUUCGUUUUGUUCCUUUGGAUCUGUGAGGCAGCCGCCGGUUCCUUUGACCACCACCACCACCACCUCUCUGUGAUCAACCUUCACUCUCUUUUUCAACUGAACUUUUCAGGGAAAUUAACUGAAAUGGCUGGAGGAUUAAUCCACCAGGUUUUAAGGAGGAAAUUUCAAUCACAGUCUGCUGUUCAAGCUUUAUCAUGGUUUUCAUCAAGGAAAGUUAAUGACGAUGCGGGUUCUGCUGGUAUGAGGACUGUUGCACUCCUUGGAGCUGGUGUUUCAGGUUUACUAGGUUUUGCAACAGUAGCAUCUGCUGAUGAGGCAGAACACGGUUUAGGAGUUGCAAAUUAUCCUUGGCCUCACGCAGGCAUCCUCAGUUCAUAUGACCAUGCUUCGAUUCGUCGCGGUCACCAGGUUUACCAGCAAGUGUGUGCAUCCUGCCACUCUAUGUCCUUAAUAUCAUACCGUGAUUUGGUUGGUGUUGCAUAUACGGAAGAGGAGACGAAGGCUAUGGCAGCUGAGAUUGAGGUGGUUGACGGUCCUAAUGAUGAGGGUGAGAUGUUUACUCGUCCGGGUAAACUUAGUGACCGCUUUCCUCAGCCAUAUGCAAACGAACAAGCAGCUAGGUUUGCAAAUGGAGGAGCUUAUCCUCCAGAUCUAAGUCUCAUCACCAAAGCUCGUCAUAAUGGCCAGAACUAUGUGUUUGCGCUUCUAACUGGUUACCGUGAUCCUCCUGCUGGUGUUAUGAUUCGUGAGGGGCUACACUAUAACCCAUACUUUCCAGGAGGAGCAAUUGCCAUGCCUAAAAUGCUUAUUGAUGGUGCUGUAGAGUAUGAAGAUGGCACCCCUGCAACUGAAGCUCAGAUGGGGAAAGAUGUGGUGACAUUUUUGUCAUGGGCGGCAGAACCAGAAAUGGAAGAAAGGAAGCUGAUGGGUUUUAAAUGGAUAUUUGUAUUGUCAUUGGCCUUGCUUCAAGCUGCUUACUACCGACGCUUGAGGUGGUCGGUUCUCAAAUCUCGCAGGCUGGUACUUGAUGUUGUGAACUAGCCUCCUCCCCCCCAAGUUUCUCGCUUUUUGUGGAUUUGAUUCGGCAAUAAUUGCUUAUCAGGAUGUUCUAGGUUCUGCCAUGACCAAAGUGGUGGGUAAGUCUUUUUUUCAGAGUUGAGAAGAAAUAAGCUGCUCGACACACAUGCAUUAAAUAUUUUUUUUGGUUUAAGACUUGAAUUUCAUAUAGAUAUCUUUUUGGAUAUGUUUGAAUACUUGAAUCACCGUUCUUAGUGCCGAGUAAGAUGAAUGGAAUCGGUUAAACACAAA